AUGGCUGAAGGAAUGAUUUCUUCAGAAGACAAGGGAAAGGGAGAAAGUUUGAGAGAUGUGGCAGAACGGUAUUUAUUUGAGCCAGAAAAUAGGUGUAUGGUUCAAGUGGAAAUAGACGAGUUGCCGCUGUAUAAAAGGUUUAAGUCAUGCCGGCUUCAUGAUAUGAUUAGAGAUCUAUGUUUGUCAAAAGGAAAAAGAAAAGGAUUUCUGGAGGUUAUGGAUAGAGAGAUGGGAGGAGGAGACUCUGCCAUUUGCAAAACAAAUAGAUUGGCUAUUCAUGCGGUGGGAGUGGAUAACGAUCUUAGUCAAAGGAUUGGGGAAAAUAAGAACAUAAGAUCUUUUGUAUUCAAAGGUUAUCAAUUUGAGAAUUGGAAAUUGCCCAAAGGAAUCGCAAAAUGGGAGCUGUUGAAGCUAUUGAGUCUCGAAAAUAGUAUUGUGAAAGAAUUGCCACCAUCUAUAUGCAAGCUACCUUGUUUGCAGACAUUGAAUGUGAAAAAUAUAAUGAGAUUACCUAAUUGCAUAUACAAAAUGAAGCGCUUGAGGCAUCUAUUUAUGAAAGAUGAUCAUGAGAGGGUUGGAGGCGAAAAAUUGAAAUUUGAAGGGUUGAAUGAAUUGGAGAUGGUUGAUGAUAUCUGGGUUGGUGAUGUGGUUGAUGAUAUCACUCAUCUUCUUAAAUUGCCAAAGAUGGACAUGGAUGUCAAUACGAAUCGGGAAGAUGGCUCAACUCUUUUCAGGAGGUUCGUGAUGUAUCACUCACUACAUUACUUGAGAAUCACACAUUGUCGAGUGAGCAAAUUACCAACUUAUGAAGUUCAACUAUAUCAAAAUAUGAUAGAAUUGCAGCUUGUGGGUACAAGGAUUGAGGAAGACCCAAUGAAAAUACUAGAGAAGCUUCCCAUGUUAAGAGUUCUUGGCUUGUGGAGCAAUCCAUAUGUGGGCAGAGAGAUGGUUUGUCGGGCAACUGGAUUUCCUUAA